CCUUCAAUGUCGGACACAGAUAUAGAACCAUAUGUACAACAACCAACUUACAAAUUCCUUGGUACAAGAACUCCCUUGAGAUCUGAAAUUUGUCCAUCACGAGUUGUAGCAGGUUUACGAGAAAAAUAUGAAGGAUUAAGAGAAUCAUUAAAUCCACUUCAUGAAGUUGCCAAAAAAGCCGCUUAUAUUGACAC